UAUAGGUGAUAACAAAGACGAGACAAAGCUGUUCUUCGUGUUAACAAAGCUUGAGAGUACUGAAAGGAAUCUGCAGAGAGGCUGCCACCAUAUAGAAACAAAAUUCUUCCAAGAAAAUUGCUUUUUUCACAUGCUUUACACACACACUGCUCUCAGUUAUACCCACAAUUUUAAACCAAAUUCAAUUCUCAUGUACUUGUAUUAUCCAGAGCGGUGUCGCUUCAGCCCCCUGAUAAUCAACUCCGCCGUCCGCCGCCACAACCGCCGUCGCCUUCUCAAAUACUCCCCAAAUCCCACUUCCACGCCCAUCAUUUUCAAGCCAUCUGCUGACACCCUCCAAAUAACCAUCAGGCCCUCUAAUUCCGUCAAACAAUUAUUAGACCAGUCCGAAAUUAAACUGAAUCGAUUGAUUGAGUGUGGCCGUGAGGCGUUUGAUGACUUGAAAACAUUAGUCGUUGUCGAUGGUAGUACUGGAGGGGUUGUAAUUUCGUGUAGGAGGUCCACAGUUGAGUUCUUGGCGGCGCUGUUUAUGUCCAGUUUGGUAAUUGUAUUCAUUUUCAAGGGUUUAUUUAGACGAAGAAAAGGGGGCGGUGAAGUGUUGGUGUAUAAGAAAGAUCGGAGUCUGGGAGGGAGAGAAGUGCUAGUAGGGAAGAGGGAAGGGAACUGGGGUACUACCCCUAGAACGACGCCAUUGAGUUUGAAUGACUAUAGUGAUGAUAAAACAACGAAAAAUACUAGAAUGCGGAAUAGGAGGAAGGAAGAGUUGCCUCAAUGGUGGCCUCAGCUACUGAAUUCGAGUUCGAAUGUUAAUGAAAUGAUUAAUAAGGAGGAAUAUCAGAGAAUGGCUAAUAGAUUGGUUCGAGCAAUGAUGGACAACAAAAUGGCUGGGAAGGACAUUUCUGCGAAUGAUAUAAUUCAAUUACAUCACAUAUGCAAGACAUUUGGAGUGAGAACCUCCAUUGAGACCGCUAAUGCACGGGAUUCACUUUAUCGGGCAGCAAUAAACUUGGUUCUCAGCUACUGCGAAAUCAUAGCGAAUAAAUCCACCUCUGUCCAGAUAAAUGGUGAGGAUGCUCGACAGUUCAUUGCUGGGCUUGCUGAUAACAUUGGGCUUGAGAACACUCGUGCUGCCAGAAUGGUGGCAGCGGCUGUUGCUGCACGCACACGGUCAAGAAUUCUACAGGCAUGGGCAUUAGAAGUUCAAGGUAAACAUUCUGAAGCACUCUUCGAACUGUCAAAAAUAUGUCUCAUUCACAGGGUAUUCCCUCCUCCAAAGUGCUCGCCUGAGAUGGAAAUGGUUGCUCGAGGCCUUGAAAAUCAUUUAAGUUUAGAUCAAAGAGAGUUGAUAUUAGAGUCACUCAUUAACGUUUGUGGCGAAGAGACGCAGAGAAGUUUUGUGGAAGCAUUGGGAUUGGUAGGUGUCAAAGAUAGCCAAGAUAACAGUUGAAUACGUGGUAAUGUUGAUGGAAAUAGUAAUCGGUUGUGGAAUGGGAACAUGGUCGUCUUGUACUGUCUGUAACAAGUUUAGUAUCAAAAUCAAACAAUGCAUAAUAAAGAAGGUUUCAUGAGCCUAUUCUUUUA